AUGGGCUUCUUGCAGAAGAUCGUUCGUAACGAAGCGACGAGGAACGAUCCUCCCGAGAUAUACAAUGCCCGAGUCAUUCUCAUCAGCUUAGUGGCUUGCGGCGGUGCCCUCCUAUUCGGUAUGGACAUGGGCAUUAUCGGAGGUGUCUUGACCAUGGACACAUUCAAGAAGCAAUAUGGCCUCGAGAAUCAGCCCAAGACCGUUCUAGCAAACCUCGAGUCCAACAUCGUUUCCGUUAUCCAAGCCGGAGCAUUUGCGGGUGCCUUGUUUUCGACAUGGCUCGCCAACAGAGUUGGUCGACGAUUCUCUCUCAUCAUCGCUUCGAUACUCGUCUUCAUCGGUGUGGCCCUUCAAGCCGCCGCUAGUGGUCAUAUCGAAGCCAUGUACGUGGGCAGACUUGUUGCCGGAAUCGCCAUUGGAAUUGCAUCAUCUGUAAACCCGCUUUACGUCUCCGAGAACGCACCGCGAGGUAUCAGAGGUCUGCUCACUGGGUUGUACCAGCUCAGCAUUGUGACUGGGCUGACGGUCAGUCCAUCCUUGCCUACGAUGCGAAUGCAGCUAGACCUCAAUGCUAAUGUGAAGGUCGAUCAGCUUGCAUUCUGGAUCAACUAUGGCUCGCUCCUCCACAUCAAAGGCCAUACACAAUACAUCAUUCCACUCUCACUCCAAGCAUUCCCGGCCGUCAUUCUCUUCAUCGGCAUGCUUCUCGCCAACGAAUCUCCCCGCUUUCUCGCCCAGCGAUCUCCCGACAAAGCCCUGGCGGUUCUCGCAAAGCUCCGAAAUCUACCGGCCGAUCAUCCAUACAUCCAACAAGAAAUGGAGGGCAUCUCCCGUCAACUUGAGGAAGAGAGGGCCCUCUCCCUCAACGCCAACCACUUCACGCUCCUGAAAGAGGCCUUCACUGUCAAGUCCUACCGCAGACGCAGCAUGUUGUGCAUCACUCUUAUGAUGUGGAGCAACCUCACUGGUACCAAUGCAAUGACAUACUACUCAAGUCGAAUCUUCGCCAGUGUUGGGUUGACGGGAUCUUCGACCGGUCUCUUUGCGACUGGCGUGUAUGGUAUUGUCAAGAUGAUUGCCUGUACCGUCUUCAUUGUAUUCGUCACAGACUCACUCGGCCGAAGGAAGAGUCUGCUUUGGACUGGAAUCGUUCAGGGCAUCGCUCUCUUCUACGUUGGCUUUUACAUCCGCUUCGACCCGCCCAUCGCCGGCGAGCCCGUCACCGCUCCGGGCUACGUCGCUCUAGUGGCUAUCUACAUCUUUGCUGCCACGUACCAGUUCGGAUGGGGCCCUGUCGUAUGGACCUACAGCUCCGAGAUCCCUCCGGCCCGUCUCCGCGCCGUGAUGAUGGGCAUGGCGACAGCAAGCCAGUGGCUCUUCAACUUUGUCGUCGCCAAGGCCACACCAAGUAUGUUUGCCACGCUUGGUGAGGGCGGGUUUGGGACGUACUUUGUUUACGGCACAUUUUGCUUCAUCAUGGUGUUGUUUGCGUGGUUCUUCGUGCCCGAGACUGCCGGCCUUGCGUUGGAGAAGAUGGAUGAGCUGUUCGAAAACGAUUCGUUGAAAGACAAGCUCAUCUGGAGAAAAAGACCCCAGCUGAGCUCCAGAGAUAGUACGAGUGAGGAAAGGGUGAUGGAUAAGAAGGAUGCUGAGCAUGUUGAAGUUGUUUGA